UCCGCCCGCUCACGGCUGAGCAGCGUCUCUCUCGCUCGGCGGCCUCGGGCCGACAGUCCGGGGUACUUUGGGGACCUCCAGCCCCCAGGGCCGCGCGCAUAUACUACCCCUCCGCCUUUUGUUUGGAUAGGGUCGCCGGGAGCGCCGGAGGGGACCGCCUGGCCUUCGCCGAUCGCUUCUGCGACCACCAGUCCUCGCGCGGAGCCUGUUCCGUGAGCUGUGAAGACCCUCGAUCCGCCGGACGGAUCGAUUUGUGUUUUCUUCGGGUGACAAAAAGAUUUGGAAUCACUUGACCCAAAAACUUCUCUUUGGGUGACUUAAGACUCCACUGCAAGUUGUCUUUUUGAGGGGCUGACCCUCCAAGCUUUGUCUGUUUUACCGCAGGGUCGCCCGCCCGGCGUCCCCAAUCUUUUCCGAGGGCAGACAUGGCCAAUUCGGGCCUGCAGCUGCUGGGCUUCGCCAUGGCCCUGCUGGGCUGGGUGGCCCUGGUGGCGUGCACCGCCAUCCCGCAGUGGCAGGUGAGCUCGUACGCGGGCGACAACAUCAUCACGGCCCAGGCCAUGUACAAGGGGCUGUGGAUGGACUGCAUCAUGCAGAGCACGGGCCUGAUGAGCUGCAAGUCGUACGACUCGGUGCUCGCGCUGUCAGCGGCCCUGCAGGCCACCCGAGCCCUGAUGGUGGUGUCGCUGGUGCUGGGCUUCCUGGCCAUGUUCGUGGCCACCAUGGGCAUGAAGUGCACAAACUGUGGGGGCGACGACAAAGUGAAGAAGGCCCGGAUAGCCGUGACCGGAGGCUUCAUUUUCAUCGUGGCAGGUCUUGCUGCCUUGGUGGCUUGUUCCUGGUACGGCCACCAGAUUGUCACAGACUUUUAUAGCGCCUUGGUCCCCAUGAAUCUUAAGUACGAGUUUGGUUCUGCCAUCUUCAUUGGCUGGGCAGGGUCUGCUCUGGUCAUCCUGGGAGGUGCCCUGCUCUCUUGCUCCUGUCCUAGGAGUGAGGGCAAAACCGGGUACCGUGCACCCCGCUCCUACCCUAAGCCCAACUCUGCCAAGGAGUACGUGUGAGCUGGGACCCCCUGCCCCAGCCUGGCAGCCUCUGGUGUGGCCAGGUACCAGAAAUGACCUGGGGCAGAUCUCAGCCCGUGGGUGGGGUGUGGAGCAGAAGCCUUGUCACCCCAGCCAGGGGUACCAUGUACAGUUCCCCC